CUUUUCCCUCUUUCAAAUUUUCUUCCACACAGAUACUACAUUCUUCUCCGACUCACUCCACUCUAGUAGCAUCACCAUCGCUAUUUCACCUCUUCCUUUCUCACAGAUGGCAAAGGGUUCCGCUAGUAACAACUAUGAAGAAGCUAGAAAACUAAGACUUGAAGAGAACAAGAAGAGGUUUCAGGAUUUAGGAAUUUUGACAAUAUCGAAAAAGUUGACUGAAAUCGCAAGUCCAGCAAAGAAGUCCGCGAAUCAUAUUUACAGACCGAAAUCAAAGACCAUUGUUGUAGCGGAACCUAGGCGUUCUUCUCGUGCAAGAAACCCAGUUCCUUCGUAUCGUGAAGAGUUUGGCACAGACCUUCCGAAUCUCCGGAAGAGGUCGGGGUCGAGGUCAUUUCCAUCAUCAUGGGAAAGUUACAUUGCAAGGCCACUAGACGAAAUCAAAGUAGCUACAAGUCAAGAAAGAAAUCAUGCUUUGGAGGCUGCAGAGGCACUCCAAAUCAAUUUGAACUCUUCGAAACCAUCUUUUGUCAAGUCUAUGGUCCGGUCUCAUGUUUAUAGCUGUUUUUGGUUGGGUCUUCCUAGUAGAUUUUGUGAAGAACAUCUUCCGAAAACAGUGUAUAACAUGGUUUUAGAGAAUGAAGAAGGAUCAGAAUAUGAGGCUGUUUACAUUGGCAAAAGAGCUGGGCUUAGUGGUGGCUGGAGAGCAUUUGCAUUGGAACAUAAGUUGGAUGAUGGCGAUGCACUUGUUUUUGAAUUGGUUGAACCUGCAAGAUUUAAGAUUUAUAUUGUUAGAGCAUUUCCAGAUGUAUAUGAAGAAGAGGAAGAAGAGAAAGAAGAGAAAGAAGAAGAAAACAACACUUUGGUGGAAGAAGAAGAUAUGCAUACACUCAAAGCAACAAAAGAAUCAUCUAAGGCUGCCAAUAAUCGCGAAUCAGAACCAAAGACUAAAAAGCAAAAACUUGCCAUUGUACGUGAAACUAAGGAAUCAAAGAGUUCUGAAGAAAGUCUGUUUGAAAGUAGCAUUGAGAAAGAUGUUAAACCACAGAGGGCAAAUACGAGUAGAAAAACUAAAUCAUCUCAGAAAAAAAUGCCAAAGAAGUCUGAACUACCUAUCACUCCUGAUUCUGAAGCAAAAAUUGAAACACCGAAACCAAAGGCAACUUCUAUAAGGAACACUAGAUCUUCUCAGAGAAUAAUGCAAAAGAUAUCUGAAGCAUCUACUACUCUUGAACCGAAAGAGGAAGCACAAGUUGAAGCUACGAAGAAAGAACUUGUUCAGCAUGAUGAUAUUAAGUUAAAGAAAGUUGGAAGACCUCGAAAAAACCCAGCUCCUUAAAACCCAGUCUCUAAGUUACUGGUUAAAAGGUUGUUAUGAAAUGCAGAUAUAGACUUUAAAUUGUAUUAAAUGUUUUAUGAAGACAACAGUGUUGCACUUUUAGACAUGUUAGAUGUGCAAGCACCUCUUGUUACCUUAUUAAGGAGAAUGCUGCUCUUUGAUAUUUAUCAGCAAGUGUCCGAUUGUUAGCUUUAGAGAUAAUUUAAGAACAAGGAACUUUUAUUCAA